CUCAACUGUCUUUAAGACUGAGGACUCAGUUGCAACUGGCACGCUCUCGUCUCCGGCCGCCGAUCUUUUUUUUCCUUUCUGUUGUUGUCAUCAGUUUCUGUUUAUCCAUUUUGUUUAAUCUAAUUCGUUUCAAAGGAAAACAUCACAGCCAUGCCGCACACUGACGGGGCAGGUCAGAAGCACAAGCAGCAGCCACACCACCACCACGGACAGCAAAAACAUUUAGUCCCUCGAAGACGGAACACGGACAUUGAGAACGCAGCGCUGUCCAAACGGCAGAAGGAAUUGAUGCGCGAACGUCGAAUUCUCAUUUUCAUCACUUUUCUCUGCUUCCUGGCCUCAAUUUUGUGGAUCGUAUCCCUGUCAACCGAUUUCUGGAUUAUUGUCGAUUCAGUGCCUAAGAAUAACACGAAUUCAACGGGCGUUUUGAAGAGUCAUUUGGGUGUUUGGCGUGGUUGCAUCACAAACAGACAGCAGAGAUUCAACGAGUCAGCAGCAGCUACCGAUGGCUGCUCGUAUCACAAUCUGGAACAGGACGAUCAUGAACUCAGGGCUAAGCCUUCCGUCGCUAGAACAAUCGUCGAUUACCGAAGGACUAUCGUAGCGCUGGCUGGACUAUCGCUUUUGUGUCACAUCAUGUCCAUCUUGUUCUCCAUGUACACGUUUCGGAAUCCGCGCUACACUUUCAAACGACUGGCUGGCUGCAUGCAUUUGAUUACAGCGGCCACGACGUUUGUGCUGAUUGAAGUGGUGUCCAACGGGGCGGACUUUUCGAGGGCUCAUCUGCUCAGUAUUUUCCCGGAAGCUUCGGUCUGGUACCACGGGUUCUCCUUCUACCUGGCCUGGUACGUUUGCUUUCAAUACGGCGUAGCCGGCCUGACUUUCCUGAUCUGUUCGCGCAAGCGAAAAAGUCUCAACAUCAUGAACGAAGAUGGGACAAUGUUGGCCGAUGACGAAUAUCAAGUCAUGGGGAGGAUGUAGAAGAACGUGGGGGAAACUACUACUGCUGCUUCAUCCGUCGCCGAAAUCAUUCUAUUUAAAAAAAUUGAUCAUUUUGCAAUAACUUUGGAAAGAUUUUGUUUUAAGCCCGAAAUGUUUCUUAUUCAUAUUACUAUACCCUAAUUUCAUCUAUGUGGAAUGGAAAAAUUGUUAUUUUUAAAAACCCCGCCUGUUGUGUGCGGGAUUUGCGUUUUUAUUGCCUAAAUAUUUCGUUGGUUGCGAGUUCAAUUUUGGCGAGUUGCAACAUUUUUUUUUAAAAUAAGAAAUUGAAUUUGAUUCAAAGUUGAAAACGGUGUGACUUAUCGGGUGUUUCUUGGCGAGUUAUAAAUAUUUAUGAUCAGGCGGUUGUGCCUGUCACCAAGUAAUCUCGGGGAUUCACUCCAGUGCCGCCUAAUUUAAUUGCUCUGCCAUUAUCGUGUCCGCUGAUGUAUCACAGCUCGCCGCUGCUAGCCAAUAAAAUUCUAUAUAAAGACA